AUGUCAGCUGGUAUUCUACCAGAUAUGUAUCGAUAUACAGCACGAAAAAGUACCGUAUCAAAAAAUCCAAAGCCAUCAAAUAUAUCAUUAUGUAAUAAUUCAACAACACAUUAUUCAUCAUAUCAUGAUGAUAAUAAUCCAAAACAACAACAAAUAUUUGAUACAAUUGAGCAUAAUAUUAAAUUAGAAAAAGAUGUUCCACAACAACAACAACAGCAAUCAUUUAUUAUUGUACCUGAUAAUGAAAUAGAACAAAUGAUUAUCGGAGAAAAUAAUGAAAGAACAACUGAAGAAAUAUUAAAUGAUAUUGUUGAUGAGAUUAAAAAUCAAAUUAUUGAAACGUCUAUUAUAUCGAAUUCAAAUCAGAUAAGAAAAACUUUUUCAAUAGAUACUCAGGCUGUUCAUGAUGCUAUCGAUUCAAUUAUGAAUCAUAUUAUUGAGAAUGAUAAUGAAGAAUUUUUAUCUACAAAAAUAGAUAAUAAAAUAGAAGAAAAUGUAAAUAAUAAUAAUAAUAAUAAUAUCCAAGAAAUAACACCUAUGGAAAGUGAUCCACCAAUACCAAUUAAUUCACGAUCACAAAUCGAUGAGGAUAUUGUUGAAAUUCAAGGAUCAACAAAUCGUACUAUUCGUCCAAAUCCUACUGUUCCAAAUGGACAGACAUUUCCCUUACGUCCAUUACCUGAACAUAAUCCUUGUGAUCACACCAUAGCUCGACCACAAUUAAAUAUUACACAAGAAAAUACAACAGUACGUUUAACAUGGAAUUUACAAUCAACACCAAUGGAAUCUAUACAAAAUUAUGAAAUCUAUGCAUAUAAGCAAAAUGCAACAGUAACAGCAUCAGAUUGGAAAAAAAUUGGUACAGUUAAAUCAAUGCGUUUACCAAUGGCAGUUACAUUAAAAGAAUUUCAAUCUAAUAGUCAUUAUGCAUUUGCUGUUCGUGCAGUAUCAAUUAAUAAUAAUAUCGGUCCAUUUUGUGAACCGAAAACAAUUUUUACUGGAAAUACACCAGUUCAACCAUUACAUACAAGUCAAUUACUCAAUGUAUCUACAUAG